AGGAAAGAUGACGAAAUCUUUGAUGCGCAGCCUGUGGCUGUCGCGAAAGCUCAUUUUAAGAUGCCGCAGGGUUCGCUCUGGCGUCUAAGCCGCAACCGCGCCACUUCCUUUCCUCUGUCGCUAUUCGCUCACCACCCCGGAUAGGGCUGGGUAACCACAUGGGCAUUCCGUGCCGCAAACUGGGGCUUGGGUAAGCUAACGUUUGAGCAAUACAUAAAAUCUCCGUGAGAUCAAGUCUAGUCGUGCAUCCAAAAUCUACCGUGGUUUGUCUUCAGCCAAAUGCCCCAGACGUAGCAAAAACACCACCUUCCACGGGAUAUCUACAAAGAUACUUCAUCACCAUGGGCCUCUUCAAGCACAGCAAGCAGCCAUCAGCACCGCUCCCGGUCCUCUCACUCCAGCUCUCCACCCCGCAAGACAAGGUCUUCAAACCCAACGACACCGUCACAGGCCACGUCUCCCUCUCAACCCCCAUCCCCAUCAACCCGCAAGCCGUCGACGUAUCUCUCUGGGGCCACUCAUCAGUAUGGCUGCGCACAAGCCACCACAACACCACCCACGACGACCACAGGCACACCGACUACACACACUACCGGGACAACGCGCCUCUCUUCGCCGUGACCUCGAAUCUCCUGCAGCACGCGCAGACCCUGCAGCCCGGCCAGAACUACACCUUCCCGUUCAGCUUCCGGGUCCCCCAGGGCACAGGGCUUAACAGAAUGGGCUGCUAUAAAAUGGACACGGACGACCGCUGGACCGCGCAACCGCAUCUUCUCCCCCCGACCUUCUUCUGGGGCUCCAGGCCCGACGACCCAGAUAACGCGAGCAUCUCCUACGGCAUCACCGCGCGCCUCAUCUGCCCCGGGAUCAGCGCAGGAAAGCACAACAACAACCAAGACCCGCUCUCCGCCACCACACCCAUCCUCUUCCAGCCCCUUAACCCGCACCUCAACGCGCCCCUCAGCGUAGUCCGCUACCCCAAGCGCCUAACCCUCUCCUCAUCCUCCCUCACCGGCCAGGACCCCGCAUCCCUCGGCCUCCGCCAAAAGCUGUCCGACCGCUUCUCCAAGGACACGCCAAAGCUAGACUUCGAGGCCGCCAUCGAGCUGCCCGACCUGCUGACCGCCGGCGCGGAGUUCCGCUUCCGCACCGCCUUCGCCGUGCUCGAGAAGAGCGCGAACGUGGUCGCGGUGCCGGCGAUCACGUUCCGGGUGCUGAAGCUCGAGCUACUGGAUUUCACGUUUAUCCGCGCGCCGUGCGAUCGGGAGGCGAAUAGCAUGAUGGGCGGGUACCACUACAAGACCCCUGAGAACGCGGUUAAUGGCGUGUAUUCCGGCCAGGAAGAUACUGUCUAUAGGGAGAAGAAGACGCUGCUGAAUGCUGUGCCGGGCGAGACGACGGUGGUGCUGGAGGAGGUACUCGCGAGUGAGGGUGACGAGAAGAAGACGGAGCAGGCGCGCAGCUGCCAGGUUUGGUUUACAAGUCGCGUGCCCGGGUUCACGCCGCCGAGCUUUAGGAGCUUUGCGAUUUCGCGGAACUAUAGGGUGAGGGCGAAGCUUCAGGUGGAGAUUGGAGGGAAGAAGUUUGAGGUGGAGGCGGAGAGUCAUGUUGGGGCGUUGGGAAGUGCGGCGUGAGGAGGGAAUGCAGCGGCGAGAUUAGUUAGAUGAAGCAGCGCGAAGGUCGAGGGGAUAUCGGGCUGCUGCCUAGGUAUGAAUGUCAUGAUAGGGUAUGAGCAACUCAUGGCGGCUUAGGCGUUCGCGGAGCAUGUAUGGUGCUAGAGAUUCCCCGGAUUUUAUAUUAGCGUCUAGUUUUUUACCGGGAUAGAGGACGAUGGCAUAAGCGGGCGAAGGCGGU